CAACAAUGACAAAUGGCGGGCGAUUCGUCUGUCGGUUUUGAAAGGAAAGACGAGUUCAUGUAAGAGCAGUGUCUUUGAGGUUGACUGUAAACUGACAGAAAACAUGGACAAAUGCUCAGCUUUUGGAAAAGAAAUAUGCCAUAAGGGACAGCAUAUUCCUCUGGAUCCACCCAUAGUACACAUGUCUGUGUAUACCAAAGGGGGCCUCCAAAGACUGUUUCGGCAGAUAGCUCACCCAGAAAAAGUGAGCUUUCCUAUGUAUGAAUAUGGUCAAUUCACAGACGAGUCUGGCCACUUUUGCCCUGUACUGGGUGUGGUAAUGGCCUCGCGAUACAGAGUGAGACAAGUGAUCAGUCGACAGGGUCAGUCAGCCAUCCUACUGCUAGCUGAGGAUUUGUUCUGCCAUAAGAAACAUGUGGUGAUCAAGGUUCUGCAUGCCAGUCGUUAUCAAUUAGGUGCCCAGGAGACCCAAUGUUUGUGGAGGCUCGCCCUAGCUGAUCCCACGGGAAACUCCAAUACAGUUCACUACUUGGUGAUUCACAGUAUUAGGAAAAUAGCUGUCCGACUAUUAUCAACCUUGGGAUUUCUUCGGCAACAGAAUGUAAUUCAUGCAGACCUUAAGCCAGAAAACAUUUUGCUUCAUGACAGGAAUGACCUCAGCUCUGUGACCGUCAUUGACUUUGGAAAUGCUAUCCAACAUGUCCACAAAGAGAUUGCCCUGUAUUAUGAUGACUUUGAGCUCCAGACCCCCCUUUACAGAGCCCCAGAGGUUAUGUUUGGGAUGCCAUUCGGUAAGGAGAUAGACAUGUGGUCGUUAGGAUGUAUCCUGGCUGAGCUUUACCUGUCCAAACCCCUUUUCAUGGGUAACUCCAAGAGAGACAUCAUGCAACAGAUAACCUCAUUACUAGGACCAUUCCCCGGAAGGACGUUCCAAAGGGGGAAGUUCUACAGCAGCUAUCGACGCUUUACUGACACGGUGGAGCAACCAGAUGCUACAGAACUCCUCCUUCGUCACCUUGGCUGUAGGGACUAUCUGCUUGCAGACUUCUUAGCUGGACUUCUACGGUACAACCCAGAUGAACGGAUGACUCCAUUUGAAGCAGCCAAGCAUUCCUUCCUGGCUCCUGAGUUCCCCUUUGGGUACCUUCUACCCCCUUCCUCAGGAGAUGGCGACGCCUCCUACUGUGCAGUUUACCUCACUGAUGCCAAGUACAAACAUCGCCCUGUAGUCGCUCCAGACAUUCGAAGGAGUCAGCCCAGUACUUAUGACAUACUGAGUCUGGGAACUACACUGAAAGAGGAGGAGGAUGACGAGUCACCUACACAGGCUGGGGACACUCCUAACAAACAUGGCAGAGUGGCCAAGGUCGUCCCAGUACAGAGGGAACCGUCACUUGAUACAGUACAAAGAUGUGCAGGGGAAGUAACUCGACAACAAAAUAGUGCAAGGAAUCGAAGUUCAAUAGAUGCUAUCCAAAGAGGAUUCACACAUAUUCAGAGAGAUCAGAAAAAGAAUGUGCAGCAAAAUGUGUCCCCCAUCCUCACUGAGGAGUCAACAAUAAGGGACAAAACAACAGUACAAAGGGAUCAAAAGGAACAAAAAUAUCAAGGGGAGAUCACACAGCCAUCAGAAAGACAAAGACAGAGGGAAGGAUAUCAAAAGCAUUCUUCUGUCAUAAACAGAAGGGGGAUAACUAAGAAAGAAUCAUCUGCUGUUCAUAGGUCAAGGGAUGCCAAUGAUCACCAUGAGUCAGCUAGACUGAUAGGAAAUUCCCCUAACGAUAGGUGUAAUCAAGUCCUGCGUGAAAAGGUAGGGACAAAGCCAGGGAGGGUAGAAACAAUCCCUGGCUCACCCAGUCUUCUCAGGGUCAGGAAGGAUGGAGAGGUUACUAUUAGAAUGAGGAGAGACAAAAGUGUAAGUUGCCAUUCUGCUGGUGAGAGGAAACAAGGGGAGAGAAGUCCACUGCAUACGUCAUCUGUAAAGGAAGAACAGUGGUCACUGACAGAAGGCAAUAAACUUCGGUUCAUAAAAGAUAAAAAUAGACCGGUAGGAGAGGAAACUCACCAGGAAUCUGAUAAUCAGUCUGAAAUAUCAGAUGGUGAAAGUGAUCAAUUCCAGUUAACAAUGGAGGAUGACACUCUAACAAGGGAGGAUGAACUUCCACCUUUGAAGAGAUAUCACAGAGGAAGGGAAGUAACUCCAAAUGGUCAUAUUGUUCAAGCUACUUCAAGGAAUGCUGACAGUGACAGAAAGUGCAAUCAUCCAAAUAUCCACAAAAACAGAAGGCUUUCUAGGCCUGGUUCUGUGUCCACAGAUAUGAACGAAACCUUUGUAAUAGAGUCUGAUAGCUCAUCUUCUGGAAGAUCACAUCUUCAGAACAAAACACAAAGGCAACAUUUAAAUCAUCAGAAGUAUGAAAUAAUCAGACCUCGUCCAGGAUGGUUUCCAAGGAAAGGAGACAGUGAUACAUAUCCUGACAGUAAGUCAGAAGAACACUUCUCCGUCAGAUGCAAUAUGUACCAGAAACCUACUGCAGUAUCAGUAUUAAAUGAAACACAAGACUUUCUGAACCGGGAUGCGGAGCAUGUCAUUGGUAAAAGUGACAAGUCACUUUUAAACAAAUAUGUGGAUUGUCUCCCAGAGUUAAAUACAGACUCGCAGGAUUGGAGACGUGAUCACAUGAAGCAAUCAAAACGACAAGAUAUUCAUGGAAACAUAAAGCGGAAAGGUACUUUUUGUGAAAUGUCUCCAGGAUAUAUUAAAAAGAAAUCAUUACAUAUACCACAAUCACCUAGCUCAUUAUCCCAGGAAACUGAAUCGGACAUACCCAGUUCAUAUAAACAGUGUCAUCAGAGGAGCCCCAGACAUCCAGCACAGAAUCCCAGACAACUUGCCUCUCUAAUGAAUGCUAUAAGGGAGGAGCAGGAUCGAGCAGAACAUGACUUGUCUGAAAAAGAAUCGGACAGACAAUUCAAGUUUGAAGUUGACAAAAGAACCCCUAGAGAUGAAAAAAAGAGUAGCAGCAUAGAAAUGAGAUUUUCAGAAAACUGUUUGUCUACAUCCAAGAUGUAUGAAUCUGUUUCUGAGGAUGACUUCCACUCAUUUGAUGAGGAGAAGCGUGAUGCUAUUAGAACUGAAACAGACCAGAAUUCAGGAUAUGCUUCUUCUGAUUCUGCUUCUGAAGCUUGUGUGAGGCCGUUGAAGGGAUUUCCAACCUAUAACAACUCUGAAAAGAGACAAGAUUACUAUGAACAUAACACUAACAGGAAUCCAAAAUUUCCAUCACAUUUAUCUUCUAACGCAAAUGGAAAAGAAGAAAAAUCUUUCAAAACUGAAGGAUUUUCAGGAUGCAGAGUAGAACAUUGGGAAAAGACGCAUUUGUACGAGUCUUCACCUGCUCGAGUUUCUGCCUCAAGACAAAAUUCUGCAUUUGAAGAGGACAAUACUGAUGUUAUCUACAGACCAAUCAUCCAGAAGUCGGCAAAUGCACAAAACUUUUCUUCAGAAUUACCAGCUGUGUCUGCCGAGGAAAUCAAACAUUCGAAAACCCAAGUGACGUGUGAAUCUAGUAGCAGACGAAGAGGUGGGACACAUACUGAUGAUAUGUAUGACUGCCAGCAUAACAGAGCAAGUCACAGAGCAUGUAACAACGUCUUAGAGAAAAAGGAGCGCAAAGAAAUGAUCAAGUAUGGAAAAAGAGACCAGAAUCUAAGUAAAAUGGAUGGAGAAACACCAGGCAGUAAGAAACAAUACAGAAAGACAUUUAACCUUCGUUAUAAAGGUACUCCUGAUAAACUUUCAGAUGGUGACAUUUUGAGAAAUGAAUGCAGGAUUACAGCAUCACAAAAUGAUAUAUCAAAUAAUGGCGUUGAGACAGACUCAGAAACUAGAUACUCUAUGAGUGCAUCCACAGAAUCUGCUAUAGUAACAAGGGCUAACAACAAGGCAGAGGUGGCCAUACCAGCAACAGAUAGCACUGCAACACACUCACAUACCUCAUCAAGAACACAAGAAUCUGAGUUGCUAGAACCUGAUUCCUGCAAGCAAGUACUGCAUUCAAAAGUAACCGUGAAAAAAGUUGCAAAGAAAAAGCUUAAUUUCACACAGGCAUUGAAGCCUCGAAAAACCAACAAAUCCAAAAUCAAAGUGCUUUCGAAAUCAAGACUGACCCCAGUUACAACUCAACAUAGUAACGAACAAGUCAAAAAAUUGAGAACUAAUGGGAAAGGAGAAGAUCCAUAUGUUUUCUUAAUCACUCCAGAAAAAAAUAUCUCGAAUCAGCCUGAAGGAAAUACCAUAGAAGUAUCCUCUGGAGGGAAGAAGUUAAAACAAAAGUUUUCAAAAUUAGUCUCCGACACCAGAAGGAAAGGAAGAAAUAAGUGUUCGCAAAUGGACACGGAAGACAACUCUUCCCAAGAUCUGGAUAAGAAACCAAACAUACAUAGAAAAAAGGGUAGCUUGGAUAAGAAGGAACCAAGAAAAUAUAGGACGAAGGGUAGCUUGGUUGAGAAGGAACCAUGCCAGUCAAAGCGGGAACAAACACAGGGUAUAAAAACAACCAGAUCGAAGGAGAAACAGAAAGAGGAAAUCAGUGAGGAGAAAUUAUUACAACUGUCUGUAAACAAGUCUUGUACGGAAUCAAAAAAUGCUAUUUUUUUCAAUUCCAACUGCCAGGCUACAGAGAUGAGUAUAAUGAAUGGAGAAAUGCAACAACCUGUCAAUGGGGAAGAAAAGAAAGGACAAAAACAGAAACGAAAAGCUGCUAGUCUUCUUAGGACUGACAUGAAACGCCAAAAGCAGUCUGAUAACUUGGAUCCUGACUGUAUCAGUUCCGUAGAUUUAGGUAGGUCACUCAACAGAAAUGACAUAGGAAUGCAGAACUCUUCAAAUAGAUAUACUGUUAGGGGAAGGAACGACACAGACGGAGAAUUUGGUGAAAGUGAUGGUGAUUGUGAAGGAACAGGAAGGUCGGGUUAUGGAGCUGUUGAGCAUUAUAUACACAAUGAGAUCACACAGUCUGAAAAUUAUAGAACUGGAAGAACAAAGACGGGGGACUAUAAUUCACAAAGUAAGGACAGUGAGGAAAGUGAGGAAACAGAGAGUUCGCAGUCUAGUGUUUCUCAAUCUCGUGUAUAUCAAUCAGGACAGUCAGAGUCUCAGAAUGUGGCCAAGUCUAGCAAUCAUCUAUAUCAACCAGGACAGUCUGAGUCACAGAAUGUGGCCAAGUCUAGCAAUCAUCUAUAUCAACCAGGACAGUCUGAGUCACAGAAUGUGGCCAAGUCUAGCAAUCAUCUAUAUCUAUCAGGACAGUCUGAGUCACAGAAUGUGGCCAAGUCUAGCAUUCAUCGUCAUAAGUCACCAAGGAAAUGCCACCCAGCUGGUCACCAGCACACUACCAGUGUAGGAGUAAACGAUGGGGGAAAACAUUUAACCAAAACUACUAAUCUGGUGGCUAUAGGGAAAUCCAGAAGAACGACCCACACACAAGACCGUACAUUGGUGAAUAAAGGAGCACACAAUAAAAAUUAUUCACCACACAAAUUCAAAAGUGCCAACUAUUCUAAAGAAGAUACAAUUCAAUUGCAUCAUCUUGGACAGUUAGAUGAAGUCUACAGACAGGCUGCUGAAACAGGGACAGUGUUCCAGAGGGGAGACAUACACCAGCUAAAUGAAAUGAGUAGCGAUUGUUCACUGGAGGAAGGAGCUUGUGAAGAAGGAGCCGAGUUUGAUUCCUCAGAUUCUGAAGAGGUCAUGCUUGUAUAGUGUUUCGGAAUAACAGUAUUGUUAUCAGUAUCAAAAUACACAAAGUUUAUUUUAAAUGACACACUUUGUCCUUAGCAGUUCAGGUUGUUAAAGGGAAAUUUGAUCAUUUAAUUAAAGUAAGUCUGAUCUUGUGAUGAUUUCAGUGUGUAGAAUGAGGAUCAUAUUAUCCUGUUUCUUGACACUUAAAACUUAUAAAAACAAUCCUGAAAAAAUAAGUCUUUUCAAACACUAUUUAUUGGGUAUAUCAUGUCUGGUAUUUUUGUUUAAUUUAUUUGUAUAAAGACUUGAAGCAUAUUGGUAUCUCUAGUCAAUUGAACUUCUGUUUCAUUUUUAGCUCACCUGGUCCGAAGGACCAAGGUGAGCUUAUGCCAUACCGUUGCGUCCGUC